CAAUCUCAAACAUUCAUCACCACCACUACCAAAUUUUCAUUCACAAAAAGAAAAAGGAAACAGUGUUUAUUUUUAUUUUUCAUUUUUUUGUCAUCAACAAUUUUCAACCGUCCGAUCAAAGAGCUGAAUGGCUGACGUGGCAGAAAAGGAACGGAAGAUCCUCGUGGCCGUCGAUGAAGGCGAGGAGAGCAUGCACGCGCUCUCGUGGUGUCUCAAAAACGUGAUUUCUAAAAAUUCCAAAGAUACCCUUUCCCUCCUCUACGUUAAGCCCCCUCGUGCAGUUUACACUGCCAUUGACGGCACAGGAGGGUAUUUGUUUUCUUCUGAUAUAUUGGCGACAAUGGAUAAGUACAGUAAUGACGUGGCUGAGUGCGUGGUUGAUAAAGCUAAAAAGAUGUGCAAAGAUCUUCAUGAUGUCAAGGUGGAGACAAGAAUAGAUCAUGGUGAUCCAAGGGAUGUAAUUUGCGAGAUGACACAGAAUUUGGGUGCUGAUAUGUUGGUCAUGGGGAGCCAUGGUUAUGGCCCAAUCAAAAGAGCUUUCCUUGGGAGUGUGAGCAAUCAUUGUGUACAGAACGUCGAGUGCCCAGUCUUGAUUGUGAAGAAGCCAAAAUCUACCGCAACAAACAACUAAUUUUUUGUCUUUUGGGUUGGGGGGGUUAUCUCUCUGGCUCUUCUUGUAGCUGUUAUAUAAAGUUUCGUGUAUGCUCUUAUAAAUAAGUGUUUUUCUUUUUUCUUUUUCUUGGUGAUUCUGUCAUUGUAUUUUUAUUAAUCUUGUAAGUAAUGCUUUUUCGGGAGUUUGUUUAAUAUUAUUAUCAUUGAGUGGAGAA